ACUGAUUAUAAUAAUGAAUUCUGACAAAAGCCCUUCUUUAGUAAAAUGAGUAGCAUUUUACUGACAUUUGUACUUUUACUCAAGUCACAGUUUGAAAGCAGUAUUUUAUUUGUAACUGAACAUGUGUUCACUGCGGCAUUAUUGUAUUUUCUUACAAAAUAUGAAAAAAAAAAUUCUUUACUUUUCUCAGGAACGCCUCUCCAGAGCUCUUAUUUUGAAAGCGUAAACCGGUAGUGUAAGUGUCUAAUCUUUUUUGAGAUGACUCUUUUCAGCACAGAAUGCAGUUUCAGUUCCCGGACAGCUCCUCCAGCACAGCGGCACAGCAGCGCGGCGGAGGCAGGUGUGCAGGAGGCAGAGAGGGGGGCACGGCGGGCAGUGGAGACGGCGCGUGGAUCCACGUUUAACAUCAGAGCCAACCGGUCACAUCUCAUCAGCAUUCACCUGUGCGCGUGCACGUGAGGAUGCACUGUGCGUUCUCGUUUUUGCUCGCCGCUUUUUUUUUUUUUUUUUUUUUUUUUCUGAUUUCGACUGACUGAUGGGUUAAAGUUGAUCUCAGUGAAACCCUCGCGGAUGCAGCCGCGUGAAGGCUGCGCGCUGCGGAUUCAGUGCCAGAUGAUGUUGGAUCACUCUGCUGGAUCUCUGCCGUUCUGCGCCGGGCUGAUCAGAUGAUUCUCCACUCUGUUCCCAACAACUCAGGGUGCCAAGCUUCUCCUGCUUUAGGACCUUCUCUGUAGGCCUGUUCCUGCCACCCAGCAGCCAUGGACCCCCUCCCAGAGUACUCUCAGUUCCUGGUCCGGAUCCUGGAGGAGCUGGACACCAAGCACAACACCAUGUCCUACCAGGACCUGUGUAAGUCCCUGUGUGCUCGCUUUGACCUGGUGCACCUGGCCAAGCUGCGCAGCCUGCUCUUCUACACGGCCUGCCUGGACCCCGCGUUCCCGGCCACGCUCUUCAAGGACAAGAUGCGCAGCUCCAUGGAGGACCCGGAAUCCAAGAAGCUGAUGGUGGCGGCGGACAUCGUCACCAUGUUCAACUUGAUCCAGAUGAACGGAGGCACGGCCAAAGACAAGCUCCCCGUGGUGCACAGAGCCAAGAUCCACAAGAACAGGUCUGUGGACCAGUGCAGGUCUGACAGCGAAGCCUAUAAGUAUCAGGACUGUGACAGAGGGGUCGGUUACGAGCGCAGGGAUCACCCCAGGGAUGGGCACCACCACCACCACCACCACCACCAUCAUCACCACCGCCCCCAGCAGCACCCUGUAGCUCAGAAUACCCCUCCCUGUCCUAAACUGUCUGAGUGCAAAAACUGCGAGCAGUUUAUUCCCACCUCAGACCCCAACUUCCUUCUGGGAGUCGGCAAAGACCUGAAAUGUAGAGCAGCCUCUCUGGACAAACUGCACCAUCUGCCCCAGUACUCCAGCAGCAGUCCGCCCUCUCCACCCUGUGAAAUGCAGAGCACCUACUUUCCCAUGGACAUCGACAGCGAGUCCACCACCGACCAGGAGUCCCUGCAGCACCUCGGCCAUCCGGAGCCCUUCUCUGUUCACUCCUGCAUCCAGAAGAGGAACAUCUUCAAGGAGGACUUUCACAACUUUGUGGCCUUCUCACCACAGGUCAUCACCACUGAGAGCAAACAGGGCAUUAAGGCUGCAGAAGGCUACCACAGGAGGGAGCUGCACAAGCCCGCCACCUUCUUCAACCACAGCUUUGAACUGCCUUACAGUAACCCCUACUUCGAGCCCACGCUCAACUCCCCUCUUCAGGACAGACGGAGGGUGAAGCACGAGAGCCUGGACGACUUACAGGCGUCGACAUACUUCGGUCCGACCACGGUGUCCGAGUGCGUCAGCAGCAGGAAGCACACUAACAGAGCGGGGAAGCAGCCGGCGUGGCCCGUGAAGAGCCUCAGUCUCAACACAGAAGAGGGCCCUGCGGACUUUGAGAGGUCAUUUCUGAACAGCAAACCACUCAAAGAAAACCACCACCGGACUGUCAGCAUCAUCAGCGCUGACAACGAGCAGCACUUUCAGAGCCCGAAGGAAAAGGUCGUCGCGUCUCCCUCUGGAUUUGCAAAGAAAACUAACGGAAUAAAAACCAAGGAAGCAGCACUGAUAUCGAGUGGGCCUGUGGGUUUGGACAAAAGGGAGGCGGCCAAAAGGUUUAGGGACAAAAAUAUGAACAGUCCGUCCUUUCAAGGAGGAGACAGCUCCUCCAGCGUCGGGACUCAAACAGAGCAGGCUGAGAAGAAGAUGAAGGAAUACCCAGCUAAGUUCAGUGACAGAGAAAGACACGCCUUCAAGCACUCUGACGAGGACUCUGAGAUCGUUAGUGACGACAUUAGUGACAUUUUUCGUUUCCUGGACGACAUGAGCGUUAGUGACUCUCUGGGCGUCGUCCAGUCGUCAUGCUACAACAGCACCGGGUCUCUCUCUCAGGUAACGCUGAAGUCUGAAGGCGACAGCUCCCCUGAACGCAACACGGUCAAACUAGCCAAGUCCAAACUGGACCGCCUCUUCCAUUCGCUGGAAAACACAGACGAUGAGCUCAAAUCGAGCGUGUGCAAGCUGGUGAUGAGGAUCGGUGAGAUCGAGAAGAAGCUGGAGUCUCUGUCGGGGGUUCGCAGCGAGAUCUCCCAGGUGCUCUCCAAGCUCAACAAGCUGGACGAGAAGAUCCAGGAGCCCGAGGCCAACGGACGACACAGGGAGACUGCGCCCGGGUGCAACGCCACGCCUGACAAGUCACAUCCCCACCCACAACCACUUCUCGACGCCUCCCUCUCACCUCGUGUUUUCCAGUGCCACACCACCGGCCACAAUGUCAAAGUGGACAAUGGCCCCAAGGGGGAGUGGUGCUGCUCUGACGGCAGUAACGGCGACAGCCUCAGGGUGAAAGCUCUGAAGCAGAGCAUGCUCACCAGGAGGUCAUCCCGCUCACUCAAUGAGGAGACCAGCGCCACUGAGUCAAAGGUGGCCAGCAUCACCAACUCCCCCCGGGACUGGAGGACGGUGUCCUACUCCUGCCACCCUGGAGACGAGGGCAAGGACAAGGACAGAGACAGCAAGGACAGGCACCGGAAGGCCAAAGAGGCAGAGCGAGAGCGUCAAUAUGAGCUUCCCCAGGCCCACCUUUCCCCCAACCCCCACCCGCCCAUGAUCGAACAGGUUUUCUCACCGCAUCCCUUCACCCCCUCCAUCAAGGCCCACGUGAAAGGCAGUCACCUCUACACCGACCUGAGGCUCACCAGCCUGUCAGAUGCCAAGCGAGGCCAGCCAUCCUGGACCAUAGAGGAGUAUAAACGCAACUCAGGAGAGAAGGGGAAGCAGCUCACGGCUCUGGACCUGCAGACCCAGGAGUCCCUAAACCCCAACAACCUGGAGUACUGGAUGGAGGACAUAUACACACCAGGCUACGACUCACUGCUCAAGAGGAAAGAGGCGGAGUUCAGAAGGGCUAAGGUGUGUAAGAUCGGAGCACUGAUCGCAGCCGCUACCUGCACUGUGAUCCUGGUCAUCGUUGUUCCUAUUUGCACCAUGAAAUCAUGAGAGUGCCAAGACGGAGCGGCUCUUCCUAGUGGAUCGUAGACUGUCACUGACGUCCUUUUCUGUUUGUGGACUAGGUAAGUGUGCAGCAGACAGUAUGAACAUGCUGGGACUUGACUCUGUCAGUUUGAUGUUUUUCGUUUUUAAUGCAGUAUUUACUUCUGGUGGUCUUUCUUGCUGAUAUAAAACUGGUUAGGACAGCUACUGUACAAUAGAAAUGAACUCAGCAAUGCAUAAUAUAUACUGUAUAUCUAUUGGUUUAACAGUUGUAGUCUAUUGUAUUGUCAUAAACUGUGCGGGACAUUUGGGAGCUCAUUGAUUUAAUUGUCUUAAACAACAGCAGUUGAUCCCUGAAUUAAACUGGAUUUGUUGAUGUAGCCAACGUAUGAUAUUUUUAUUUUUCGUAUGAUUACUGUACAGUGUAUUUUGAUCAAAGUUAUUUUUGAUGAAUUAUCUUGGUUGAAUGUGAGAAUUUAUCUUUAUCAAUAACAAGCAAGCAUUUUAAGUAACACAAUUUGUGCAACACAUUUUUCUAAAUAGAAGUAUAUUGAAGUGCUUUAGUUCGAAUAUAGAUAUACUCCUACCUAGAAUGCAGACCCGGUGUGACUACACAGCCAAACUGAAUGUAUUGAUAACGUUAGCCUACUUCCUUGGAAAGGUGUAAACUGAGAAGUCACUUGAAUGUCGCUGUCCUCUCUUCAUUUCUCUGAAUUAUAACCAGCCAACAGCACACACCGGCUCCUCUCUCCUUGGUCUUUUCUUUGCAAGUGAAUACUUGAAGUUCUGCAUGACUGUAGACUAGAGAGGCACAGCUCCCCACACUGCACAAACCAAACAGGAAAACAUCCCUCUCUGAGCAGGUCUGUCCAUCCAUUCAUUGCUGCAGUCUCCUAAAAUGCCUUAAAGCACAAACACAAAUAUAACCCAACUAGCCCAUCCAGUCCCUUGCCCAGCUUGUUGCCUGGCAACCCUUAGUUUAGCCUGAAUAGAAAAUAGUAACCCAUAUAGGCUGGUGUCUUUCUAUAUUUUUCUUAUUGUGAACAAAUCUCAGCAACGUGUUGUUAUUCUCAUCUCUGCCCUGUCUGUCACACAUCCCCAAGGUCAUUGUUUCCUACUGAACACGUAAAUCUUUAAACUACAAUCGCAAGUGUAUGAUUGAUUUGGCAUUGACCUGAUUGACCAUUGACCAUUGAACUGAGUAGUUAAGGCACAUACCGCAUUGGUGCACAUGCCUUGUGCAGUGGGUCCCUGGUUCGACUCCCGGUUGGCCGGACGCUUGGUGCAUAUCAUUCCCCUCCUAAAAUGCCCCAAAAUAAUUAUAUAAUAAUUCAUUUUUAAAGAAGGCUCAGUAAUGCGUGUAUGUGGGACUGAGUCAAAAGACAACUCGUGAUUUAUGAUAAUAAAGGAACAUGUCACCACACAGAGCAACUGUGGCUCACUGAUGUGUUUUUAAUUGUUUUUUGACAAAAUGGACAUUAAGAUAUAUCCUGCUUUGGAUACACACAAUACUUGUUAGUAGGAUCACUUUAUUGUUAGUUUGGGAUUGUAGAAAGAAUUUGUUGACAAUCAGAGGGAUAUAGCAUGUCACCAGCCUUUGUCCAUGUGACUGGAAACCAAUGAUAUAUCUUCCAUACAGCUCAGUAAAUCUUCUUUUGGCCUCUUCACUGUUUAUUUGGUACAUCUCUGUAAUGUACUUGUAGUGUCACUUUGUUAGUGAUGCUCUCAUAUUGGACUCCACUUUGUUUGAGAAAAUGUACUAAUAUUCUGUUUCUCCCAUUGUAUGUAAAUGGGACAAAAUAUUUAAUGCACAUUUCAGUAUAAUCCUUUGAUCUUUAUAACAAUAAAGAAGUAAAGCAUAGUGAAUCCAUAUCCAACAGGAUUAGUCUGGUUCCAGACACCUGACUCACCUUCAAUAUCUCUGAUUGGCUCAGUGAUUCUUGUAGGUCUGGUGUUGUGAUUGGUUAGAGAAACAACUGACCAAUCACAGCUUUGUAGGUGGGUUCAAAAGGGGGGAUGUUAUCUUCCUACACAGCUACAGUAUCUACCAAACUACAUGAAUGAAAAGUGGUGCCACAAAAAUGAGAUAGAAAUCUGUACAGGUUGUUGUACAUCAACAGAAAUAAAUGGCUCAUAAAUGAUGUUGCUCACUACUGAAUGAUUAGACCAAAACUAAAAAUAACACAUUUAAUUUAUUGAACUUGUCAGAACAAUAAACACACACUUUUCUUAAAAAGGUAACUCCUGCCAUCUUUUCAAACACGUUUUGAGUAUUUAUUGUUUUUAAAGUUUAAAGGUUUUGUGUUUUAUACAUUUUUACUGUAUUAUUAUAAUCAACCAGAUUACAUAACUCUUAUAAAGGACGGCUUCAGUCUUUGGCAUCAUUUUAUUGUCUCUCUUUUGUAAUAAGAAAACUGGGUUUUUAUGCGUUUUUCUGUCUUUCUACACAGUUGGUAGGAACAAUAUUGUGUAGUGAUGCCACUGAUUUAAAUUUCUAUUUAAUUUCUAUUUACAGUGUUCAGUGCCAGGAAUGGCAAUUCAAAUAUUUGCUUCUCUUUGAAUAACUGUAUAUUGGUCUAACUACAGAGCUUGCUCAAAAUGUUCCAGUUGGUCGUCUGAGGGGAGCCAUGGCAGAACGCUCUGCUCCCAUCAGACUAUCAACAGUCACAAAAUGAACUUGCAUUGUACUUUAAUUAGACUAAUCUGUGUCCAAAGCAACGUGCUGUGAUGACAUCACUGAUGACCGUUUAUGUGGGUUAAAGUCUCAACAACAGCUCAUCCACAAACCCUGGAUCCUCAGCAAUAUACCCGCCAUGUUUGAUGUACUGUAGAUCAGAUGAGCGGUUGUUGAGAAAAUCAAAGGACAGACAGAGAUUUCUGAAUUGUUUCUGAUUGUUUCUUAUUUUAUCAUCUGUCUGUAUUAACUACAUUAAUGAAUAACGCACUACCACUAUAACACCACCUCCAUAAUGACCAGCGAGUGACAGCAGACAACCAGGCUGCUGAUAAACCCGCAUCUCAUCACGACACAGCUAGUUUUUAUUUCCCUCACCUGAGUGAUACAGAUCUAAACCUCUUAGUCUGUAUGUCAGUGCAGUAUUGAGGUUCUGCAGUUGACGUCACAACCUCUAGCAGCUGCCAUACUGGUGACAUGUUACUCUCAACGUUGCAACCAUGUAAAUGUAUUAAUACUGAUUAAUGCUGAUUGCUAAUGUUUGGAUUAUAAGCAAUUCAAAUAAGUGUCAUUUGGGAGAAAACUACACAACACAAUAUAUUUAUAUAUAUAAAUCAUGACUUGUGUAUUUUUACAAGUUUACCGUAGACACUGAGGAGCAGAAUUCAGAUGUGUUGAAGAGCAUGUAGAAUGAGUUAGGAAAGAUCGGCUCUUCUUCAUGUAUGAACUAGACAGAGCAAGUGAGGGUUGACUUCACACGCACUGAUCCAAACUCAAGUGUGAUUAUGCUGAACAGAGCAUUUGACUGGUGUUAUGUCUAUGUGAAGCCUGCAGAGAGUUUUGGGGUGUUUCCCCACAGUGUCGUUAACUAAUUAAGAAAGAGAUGAGGCUCAUUAUGUGGGAUGAGCCUGAGCUUGUAAACAGAUGAGAGGCCAGUGGUGUCAGUAGUCACACAUUGUAUUUAUGCUUCAGUUCACCAAGCUAACAACCCAGAACUCACAGAGGUUGAGCCAAAGUUGCAUGGCGGUACAUACAGCUACUUUUGGGAAUUACAUCCACAUUGGUCAACACUGUCUCUCACAAUUAAUGUCCAAUGCCAACACUCCAUGCCAAUGCAGGAGGUAGUGUGCCAUAACCACAGUCUUUUGUAACCUUAAUCAUACUGUAGUUGCAUGUGCAGAUAUUGUAGAAAGAAUUUUAAUAAAUAGAUGCAUUGGAUGAAAAAUAUUUUCAGAAUUAUCCAGUGUUCUUUUCUGAAGAUUGAUUUUAGGCGUGUAAUCACCUGAGCAGGGAGAGUAUAGGCAUCACAUAUAUGUAUUUCUCUUGUUUUCCUACUCUAUUGCUGAAGGUCUUCAGAGAUCAGAUAAGACACAUAGUGUAGCAAGUGGCAUUAUUCCCUGGUGCACUGCUUCUGCCUUUCAUUAUGGCGCCUGGUGCCUGAUGAUGACGUCACUGCAAGACCUCCAUAGUGCAUUUACACCCCAGCAAAGCUAAAGAAGAGGUUGUGGUGACUGAAGGGAAAAUGCUGUGAAAUGAAACCGAUAUACCCCCUGACAGAUCCCUCUGCCUGAACCCCCCCAGCCUGGUUUCCUUUUUAUUCAAUAACUACAAUGUCAUUGUUCCGGAGAUGAGUUUAUUUUUCCAUUCUUAAUCACCCUGUACUUAAUCAUUUAUUUUAGAUUGUAAAUCUAAACCAUAUCCAUCCACUGUCUACAAUGAAGAGAGAUUCUGAAGCCAGCUGUGAGCAGACAGCCUCUGUUUCUCUGUCUCUUACUGUUAACUGUCCACUGCAUUGGAUCUGCCUUCAGCACAGGAAAUGUGAGCUGCAGCCCACUGUAGGAGUCUGUAAAUAGCUUCAGGUUAGAGGUGCAUUGUGGGAGCAGGUGUUGACUGGAAGAAUACUAUAAUAAAAACUUAUUGUUCUGACUGUUAA